AUGAAGCUCAUCAUCGGUGGUUCGACCGGUUUCGUCGGCACAGAGCUUGUGCGACAGGCCCUACUCCACCCGCACAUCACCUCCGUCGUGGCUCUCGGCCGGCGCGAGACGCCCGUACCAUCAGGCUCGGAGGCUGGCGGCGCGAAACUGCGAUCUGUGGUCUGUGACGAUUUCGAGACGUACAACACGGCCGUCCAGAAGGAACUGGAAGGCGCCGAUGCCUGCAUCUGGACCAUCUCGAUCACGCCUUCGAAACUCAAGGACGUGCCCUGGGAGGAAACGUGCAAAAUCUCCCGCGACUAUGCCGUCGCGGCCAUAAAGCACCUGGCGGCCGGCAGAGCCCAGUCAGACACACCGACGCCGUUCCGCUUCAUCUACAUGAGCGGCAUUCAUGCAAAGCGUGACCGCGCAGAGGCCGAAAAGGUCGAACUACUCGUCAAAAACCCCACGAUGCUGGAAUACACCUUAAUACGGGGAGAUGCGGAGGUCCAGAUCCUCGAAGUUGCGAAGCAGUCCAAUGGAAAGGUCGAGGCGUGCGUCACCCGGCCGGGAUUGAUCCUCGGCGCGGACAGUGAAAGGCGGGCGAUACCUGGUAUUCCGAGCAUCGAGGUCGAAGAGAUUGCUGCUGCCCAACUACACCAGGUGAUCAAUGGAUUCAAGGCAGAGCUGGUUGGACACGACGACCUGGUCAGCCUCGGACAGGAAGUCUUGUCUAAAAGGUAA